AUGGGUUUCAACAGCUGGAUUCACGAUACAAACCUGCGGGUUGCGCGCAGUCCCGUGGGGAGAUGGUUUCGAUUGGAGAACUCCGGGCAUCCCAAGGAAAGGAAGGGUAGCUUCUUCUUCACGGAAAUGCGCGCGGGCCUCGCAACUUUCUUCGCAAUGGCGUAUAUCAUCUCUGUCAACGCCAAUAUCACAUCUACCACAGGUGGAACGUGUGAAUGCCCAGCAGAUAUCGCGUCAGAGCUGUGCGCCACGAAUUCCGAAUACCUUAUCUGCGUACAAGAAGUGAAGCGUGAUAUUGUGACCGCGACAGCGGCUAUAGCUUGUCUAUCCACGUUUUGUAUGGGCCUCUUCGCGAACCUUCCAAUCGCACUCGCACCGGGAAUGGGCCUGAAUGCCUAUUUUGCAUACACCGUUGUUGGCACAAACGGAGCUGGUUUGAUCCCGUACCGCGUAGCAUUGACAGCUGUUUUCGUCGAGGGCUGGGUCUUCCUCGGUUUGACGCUGAUCGGUAUGCGGCAAUGGCUGGCUCGCGCGAUCCCUGCUUCGAUUAAGCUUGCCACAGGUGUUGGUAUUGGAUUGUAUCUUGCCCUCAUUGGUCUAACAUAUAGUGCCGGUAUCGGUUUGGUGCAAGGAGGAGUUGAUACGCCCAUUGAGCUAGCUGGCUGUACGAAUUCUGCGGAGAAUCUCGAUGAAAACGGGCUGUGUCUUAGCAGCGCGAAGAUGCGCAGUCCAACGAUGUGGAUUGGUAUUUUCUGUGGUGGAUUUCUUACUGCGCUUUUGAUGAUGUACCGUGUCAAGGGUGCUGUUAUCAUCGGUAUAUUGCUGGUGUCGAUCAUUUCGUGGCCACGGACGACUCCUGUCACUUAUUUCCCAUACACGGAUUUGGGAACGAGUAUGUUCGAUUUCUUCAAGCAAGUCGUAACUUUUCACCCGAUAAAGCACACCCUUGCUGUCCAGGAAUGGGAUAUCUCCGGCCACGGAUCACAAUUCGGUCUCGCAUUUAUCACAUUCUUAUAUGUUGAUAUCCUAGACACGACUGGAACCAUGUACUCCAUGGCCCGGUUUGCAGGUGCCAUCGACGAACGGACCCAAGACUUUGAAGGAAGCGCGGUUGCUUAUAUGGUCGACGCAAUCUCCAUCUCAAUCGGAUCUCUUCUGGGUAGUCCCCCAGUAACAGCAUUCGUCGAAUCUGGCGCCGGAAUUUCAGAAGGCGGAAAAACAGGCCUAACAUCUUGCAUGACGGGCAUUGCAUUCUUCAUCUCUGUCUUUUUUGCUCCUAUAUUCGCUAGCAUUCCAGCAUGGGCUACGGGGUGUACUCUUGUGAUCGUAGGCGCGCUCAUGGCCAAGUCUGCUGCCGAUAUCAACUGGCGAUACUACGGCGACGCGAUCCCGGCCUUCUUGACCAUCGCAAUCAUGCCUUUUACCUACAGCAUUGCAUACGGACUCAUUGCUGGAAUUCUGAGCUAUAUUCUCCUUAACACCGUUGCGUGGACUCUCGAGAAGGUCAGUGGAGGUCGAAUCGUCCCUCCAAAUAAGGAUGAGUCGGACCCGUGGUCUUGGAAACUGCCUGGUGGCGUCUUGCCGCCGUGGGUUAAACGCGCUGCUCGGGGCCAGAAAGACUUUUGGCGACGAGAUGAAGAGAGCCCGGAGCUCCAUCUUGAGGAAUCUGGAUCCUUUCGUUCAUCACAACAGGAGCGUGUGGCUAUUGAGAAGGGCCAUAAUACUGGAAACCCGGAGUAA